UGAACCACCCGGAAUCCAUCGAAAACAUGGAGGAGUAGAUAUUCGUACCCAGAACGGAUUCUGGAAUAGCAUACAAACACAUAUUGAGCGAGCGCAUAUAAAAAAUCAUCGUGCAGGUUCGAGGGCUCCAGCCAACCUUGUCCCUGCCUCCCCGAACCCGCUGGACUCGAUCUCCACCCUGACCGGCAGCUCCUCCCCUCUUCCUCUCGUCGACAAAUCUCAGGUAUUCCGAGGUUUUUAUGCAUGGCAGAUCAAAAGGUUGCUGAAGCGUCAUCUCUGGCCGAUGAAUACGAUAUGACGAUACUGACUUCAUCAGCAUACACUUCGCCACUAUUCCAAAGAGGAUUUGAUUCAGUUUAUGUGCCUAAAUAUGGGGAUAUGAGUAAUAGUCAGCAAGGUCCAUAUCCUGAUUUGUUUACAUCAGAUGCCUUUGUGUUCCCUCCAAGCGAGCAUGAAAAUUUGCCAAUAGAAUCAGAGCUUGAUGGAUUGAACACUAACACAGAUGGUCUGGAUGGUAGUUGCGUUGGGAAUUUGGUUGAGGGCAGUGAUGAACCACACCAACAAGUUGAUGACAAACCGCACCAAGAAGUUGAUGAAAAACCACAGGAAGAAGUUGAUGACAACAGUGAUGAAAAUCUGUCUUUCAGCAGUGACUUACUGUCCGCUAUUGAAGCUACCAGCACUGAGUCAAAACUGUCUGAAAUACAUGCUGAUCAAGAGAAAAACAAUAUGGGCAGCAAGUCUGAUCUUCCUUGUGAAGGAUGGUGGCAGAGGAAAUCGACACGCGUAUUUUACAGUAUAAAGGGGGUGACUACAGUUUCCAUUGUGGCCGCUGGUGCUUUGGUGGGCUUUGUCAUAAUGGGUCAGAGGUGGCAGCAGGACAGACUGCACCUUCAUCAAUUUCAGUUCAGCGUCAGUGGUGAGAGCAUGAACCGAAUGAUGGGACUAUUCAGCCGUUUGAAGGAUGGGCUUCCAGGGAGCCAGCAACUAAGGUCUCUGCUGCCCACUCGUGUAUUCCCUCAACAGCCACUAAGCGCUUGAGUGGAAAAGGAGCAAAUAUUGAUGGAAACUGGAGCUACUUUGAUAUAUGAUUUAUUUUUCUAGGAUAUGAUAUUAGAUAGCAUAUUUUUUCCUGUAUUAGUAUUAGUACAACCUUUUGAAUUUUAUGCUUGUGUAAAUUUGUGGUCAAGCUUUUGAUGGUAGGGGAACAUGGUUAUAUGUGCCUGAAACUGUACAAAUUCGCAAAAGCAACACACACGAACCAGACUGCAGGCAGAUCUUUGGUAAUAGUAUGAAUUCCUACUUUUUUGUUUU